UGAGUGUGAUAAUGGGCAGGGAAAUAGUGAUAUUCCACCAUGGUGUAAUAAUAACUGGCCAUUUAGCUUGAAGUCUUGAUGUUUGUUCAUUGUACCUUAGAUUUAUUUCUUUCUCUUCCUUCCAGGGGCCUCUUCCCCCUCAGCAGGUUGCAGCAUGGACUGCCAGAGCCACUGUGUCAUAGACUGCAGGCAGGGGCAUUAUUACACAGCUGGAAACUGCCUGGAGUGUCCAACAGGUUUCUAUUGCCCUGGAGGUCAAGCAGCUCCAAGGAAGUGCCCACUGGGAACUGCCAAUGAGCUGACUGCUCAAGGAAACAUCACAGCCUGCCAGGUUUGUCCUGAUGGGUAUCUCAGCCUGGAGAGCAGAGCUGGCUGCAGAGCAUGUCCUGAGGGAUAUUCCUGUGAUCCCCACACCGGUGUCCAGAGGAGCUGUGGGCCUGGCCAGUACUCUCCAGAGGGAGAGCUGGAGUGUCAGGAAUGUCCAGAGAGAUUCGUCUGCCCAGAUGGACAGAGCAGACAGCACUGCUUGGCUGGUCUCUGUGUCACCUGCGCUCCUGGUUCCUCCUCAGCUGAAACCCCUCUGCCUUGCCAGCCCUGCCCAGCAGGUCACUUCUGUCCUGAUGGCCUCGAAGUCCCUCCGUGCCCACCCGGGAGCUUCAAGCCCAAAGAGGGACUUGACACGUCCAGCAGCAGCUCCUCGUUCUUGCCAGGAACUGGGCUGUGUUUGAAGUGCCCUGCUGGGUAUUUCUGUCCUGCUGGAGCCACUUUUCCAGUCCCGUGCCAGCCAGGGACGUACAAUCCUCUCCAAGGACAGGAUGAGGCCUCGGAUUGCAGAGCCUGCCCGGCAGGGAGGGCUUGUACCCAGGCUGGCUUAGCCCAGCCUGACUCAGAGUGCUCACCAGGGUACGUGUGCCCCGUGGGAUCAUCCAGCCCUCACUCUCCCAGCAAUGCCUGUCCUCCAGGAACACUUGGCAACGACUUCAACCUCUUUUCCAAGUCCCAGUGUGAGCCGUGCCCUGCAGGAUUUGUCUGUGGGAGAGGCACAGGGGGCAAGCAGAGACCCCCCACCCCGUGCCCGGUUGGUCACUUCUGCCCCCCUGGCACCAAGCACCCGACCCAGCACAGGUGUGCCCCGGGCACCUGGAGCAACAGCAGCGGCCUGGCCUCGGCACAGGAGUGUCUGCCCUGCCCCGCAGGCUGGUUCUGUGCGGGAGGAGCCCGAGUGCCCAGCGGGAUGUGCAGCUCAGGGCACUACUGCCCUCCAGGUUCGUGGAGGGGCACCCAGUUCCCCUGCCCUGCAGGCACCUACAGCACCCGCCUGGGGAAUAGCAGGGGGGAAGAUUGUCCUGCCUGCCCUGCAGGGGCUUUCUGCCCCACUGGCACCUCCAAACCAGUGCUCUGCCCAGUAGGCUCCUAUCGCUCGGCACGGGGGGCACAGGGGGCUGCAGACUGCACCCCCUGCCCGGGGGGGUACCACUGCCCCCAGCCUGGCACCGUCACCCCGAGGACCUGCGGGGCUGGGAACUUCUCAGACCAAGGCUCAGCCUCCUGCCUGCCCUGUCGAGCUGGACACUACUGCUCCAGUGAGCACACCAGCCUGGAGGUGAUGCUGCUGCUCAUGGUGUGCCCAGCAGGGCUCCUGUGCCCGGGGGGGCAGGCAGAUGUCCCAGAUCCCACUGAAAAUGCCUGUCCACGAGGAUACUACUGUCCCCAGGGAGAUACUGGUUUGCAUGCCAAGCCUUGCCCCAAUGGCACCUUUGGUGAGCAGAGGGGGCUGAGCAGUGCUGAGGAAUGCUCACCCUGCCCUGCAGGGAAAUACUGCUACACAGAUGGGAUGGAGCCUCCAGGAAUCCCCCACCCUACAGGGGAUUGCCCACCUGGCUACAACUGCCCUCCAGGGACUGGAUUCCCCUUCUCCUUCCCCUGCAUGCCAGGCAGCUUCUGGGAUAAUUCCAGCAGAGAGGGGGAAGAUGUUUGCAAACCCAGCCCACCUGGGCACUACUGUGACUCCCCUGCCAUGGCAGAGCCCAAACCUUGCCCAGCAGGCUUUUACUGUGUCCAAGGCAGCUCCAAGCCCGAGCCCUGCCCAGAGGGCACCUCCAGUGCCAAGCAGGGGCUGUCUGGACCCUCGGAGUGCAGCCCCUGUGCCCGUGGUUUCUACUGUGCUGCCCCAGGACAGACUGGGCCAACUGGUCCCUGUGAGGCUGGAUUUUACUGCCAGGGCAGGGCCCUGACCCCACUGCCCACAGACGGUGUGACAGGAGAUGUGUGUCCUGCUGGGUCAUACUGCCCACCUGGCUGUCCCUCACCCAUCCCCUGCCCCCCAGGCACCUACAGCAACCUCAGUGGGCUCAGGAGCCUCCAGGAGUGCUUGGAGUGCCCACCUGGCCUGUAUUGUGAUGGGACAAACAGCCAGACUCCCUCAGGACCUUGUGAACCUGGUUACUUCUGUACAGGGGGUGCCAAAAAUCCCCUUCAGCAGGUGGUGAUGGAGGGACAUUAUUCCUUAGCAGGAGCCUUCCAGCCAGAGCCAUGUCCCCUUGGCAGCUUCCAGCCUGGCCGUGCUCAGUCUCUCUGUAGGGACUGUCCAGAGGGUACAUUCUGCCAUGAGCCAGGUCUGGCUGCACCCCAGGACUGUCCCAAAGGGCAUUUUUGCUCGGCUGGGAGUUCCUUGCCUCUCCCAUGUCCGGUGGGAACCUACUCAGACGUGGGGAGGGCAGGCUCCUGCAAGCCCUGCCCAGCAGGAAUGUUCUGCAGCACAGCUGGGCUGGCUGAGCCAGAAGGACCUUGCCAGCCAGGAUAUUUCUGCAGCCCAGGUUCCAGCACCUCCUCACCUGUGGGGCUUCCAUUUGGAGAUCUUUGCCCCCAAGGACAUUACUGCCCAGCUGGCACCACGCACCCAGAGGAGAUGCCGUGUCCUGCUGGCACCUGGAAUGGGCAGAGAGGGGCCCAGGAUGCCACUUGGUGCCUGCCUUGUGCCCCUGGGUUUUUCUGCAACACGUCUGGCCAAGGUGCUCCUGCAGGACUUUGUGCACGAGGCUACUACUGCACGGGAAGGACAAAGACAGCAGAGCCAGAGGAUGGUGUCACUGGAGAUCUCUGCCCUCGAGGACAUUUCUGCCCUGCAGGCUCAGCAGCACCUUCCCCCUGCCCCAGUGGGGAAUACAGCAAUGCAGCAGGUCAAGACAAAUGCCUUCCUUGCCCUGCUGGGUUUCACUGUUCCAAAGGACUAAAACGUCGCUGUCCUCCUGGAUUUUAUUGCCCCCAGAAAACUGGGAUCGACUUUUAUCCUUGUCCUCCUGGGACUUACAACCCCUCCUAUGGCCUCAGCCAGGCUGAGAGGUGCCAGCAGUGCCCUGCAGGAAUGUUCUGUGGAGAAUGGGGAUUGUCCUCUCCCAGUGGUCCCUGCUGGCCAGGAUUCUUCUGCACAGCAGGAGCAAGUGUCCCAAACCCUAAUGGAGCCACAAACACGAGUACUGGUGGCCCAUGCCCACCUGGACACUUCUGCCCAGCUGGCACAAGUAUCCCACAGAGAUGCCCCACAGGCACUUACUCAGACAGGCUCCACAACUGGCAGGACUCCAACUGCACAGCGUGUCCAUCUGGCCAUUUCUGUGGCUCCUCUGGCCUCACAGCCCCCUCAGGACCCUGCUCACCUGGCUACUACUGCCUGCCUGGGGCUUCCUCCCCAUCCCCACCUGGUCAGGGGGAGAAGGGAGGCCCUUGUCCCGUGAGCCACUUCUGCCCAGCAGGAAGCAGCUUUCCCUCCCCCUGCCCUGCAGGGACUUACAACAACCUCACCAGGCAAGCUGCCUGCUCCCCUUGUGCUGCAGGGUACUUCUGCCCAGAGAACACCACCAGCUACAGCACCAACCCUUGCCCAGCUGGCUUUUACUGCCCCAAAGGAACCAAGUUUGCCACUGAGUUUCCCUGUCCCAGGGGCUACUACAACCCUGACCCCAUGACACAGAGCCUGGAUAGCUGCUUGCCCUGUCCCCCUGGGCACUACUGUGGCAAGGAGGGCUUGACAGCAGCCUCAGGCCAGUGUGAUGCAGGCUGGUUUUGCAUCUCAGCUGCUUGGACCUCCCAGCCCUUCGACCUGGAUAACUACACCAAUGCCAACUGCCUGUGCCCAGCCACUGCCACUGGAGGGAAGUGCUCAGCUGGGUUCUACUGCCCCAGAGGGAGCCCAGAGCCCCUGCCUUGCCCCCCUGGCUUUUACUGCAAUGCCUCAGGUCUGUCUGUCCCCAGUGGGGAAUGUGCUCCUGGGUUUUACUGUGAAGGGGAAGCAGCUCUCCCUAAACCCACAGAUGGUGUGACUGGGAACAUCUGCCCUGUGGGGACCUACUGCACUGCAGCAUCAGCAGUGCCCCAGCUGUGCCCAGCUGGCACCUUUUCCAGCCUCCCAGGGAGGAGAACACUCUCUGAGUGCCAGCCUUGCCCCUCUGGCUUCUACUGUGAGGAGCCUGGGCUCAGUGCCCCGACUGGGGAGUGCUGGGAGGGUUAUUACUGUGACAGCCAGCAAGGGCCAGUUAUUGAUUUCACCCUUUACCCCUGCCCACGAGGCUUUUACUGCCCACCAGGGACCAGCAGGAGCUCCCAGUACAGCUGCCCUGCAGGAACCUUUGGGCCAAGGCAAAAACUGAGAACUAUCCAGGAAUGUCAAAGGUGCCCACCAGGAAAAUACUGUGAAUUGCCUGGCCUUGCUGCCCCAACAGGAGACUGUGCAGAGGGGUUUUGGUGCAAAAGCGGUGCCCGGGUAAGAGACCCCCAGGAUGGAGAGUCAGGACAGCCUUGUCCUGCCGGGCAUUACUGUCCUGGAGGUGCAGCCGUGCCCUUGCAGUGCCCUCCUGGCACGUGGGCUGGCAGGGCGGGCAGGAGGAGUUUGCAGGAGUGCCAGCCCUGUCCCGGGGGAUAUUUCUGCAAUGGCUCCGGGCUGGGGGCUCCCUCGGGGCAGUGCAGCCCAGGGUACUUCUGUGCUGCUGGUGCCCAGACCCCCACGCCCACCGACGGCCUCUCGGGAGCUCCGUGUCCCCCCGCUCACUCCUGUCCCCCUGGCUCCAGGGCUCCAGCCCCGUGUCCCCCUGGCUCCCACCUGCCCCACAGCCACGGGGAGCAGUGCCAGCCUUGCCCAGGGGGUCAGUUCUGUGUCCCUGGUGAGGAGCCAGCGCCCUGCCCGCAGGGGUAUUUCUGUCCCGAGGGUGCAGCUCUUCCAGUUGCUUGUCCAGCAGGAUCCUAUAACCCUUCCCAAAGGCAAACCAGCUGCCUCCCCUGUCCUGAAGGGUUCUUCUGCCCCCAAAAUUCCUCUUCCUUUUUGGAGAAUGAAUGCUCAGCUGGUCACUACUGCCCUGCAGGUACUGCUUCUGCAGCUCAGUUCCCAUGUCCCAAAGGGACUUACAACCCCCAGCCUGGGAGCAGCCUGAGGUCCCACUGCACCCCCUGUGAGCCAGGGCAUUACUGUGCACUUGCAGGGCAGCCCCACGUUACAGGGCCCUGCUUGGCUGGGUUUUACUGCACUGGAGGUGCCUCCAGCCCAACACCUACGGAUGGUCUCCGGGGGAACGUGUGCCCUGAGGGAGCUUAUUGUCCUCUGGGCUCUGCCCUCCCACAGCCCUGUCCUCCUGGUCACUACAGCAGCUCCUCUGGGAACACUGGGAUCGAGGGCUGCCUCCUGUGUGAUGCAGGAUAUUUCUGUGAUGGGACCGGGCUUGUCUCUCCAAGUGGAUUAUGUGAGGCUGGAUUCUAUUGCAGUGGAGGAACCAUUUCUCCUAAACCUCCCAGGACAACAGUCAGUGGAGGUCCCUGUCCCCCUGGCCAUCACUGUGUGACGGGGAGCAGCAGAGCCCAGCCCUGCCCUGCAGGGACCUACAGCCCAUCCUGGGGGAUGGCACAGUGCCUGGGGUGCCCAGAAGGCUUUUACUGCACGUCUGCCUCUGCAAACUACACAGCCUGUCCUGCAGGUCAUUAUUGCCCCAGGAAUACAGAAUUUGCCACACAAUAUCCUUGUCCUCCUGGAACCUACAGUGAAGCUUUAAAUCUCUGGGAUGCUUCCAAGUGCCAGCUGUGCCCUCCUGGAAAGGUCUGUUCCAAGCCAGGCCUGGCAAGGCCAGAUGGACUGUGCAUGCCUGGGUGGUUUUGUCCACCUGGAUCCACGUCAAGCAAACCAGUGUUUCCUGGGAAUUACUCAGGGAUGGCAGCCCCACCUUCUGGAUCUGUUGGGUUGUGCCAAGCAGGAACCUUUUGUCCUGCAGGAUCAUUUCUUCCUCUUCCCUGCCCUCCAGGUUGGUUCUGUGCCACCUCAGAGCUGGCAGCUCCAUCAGGUCCCUGCCAGGCUGGAUUUUACUGCACAGGGGGCUCCACACUCCCCAACCCCAGGGAUGGAGCAGUGGGAAACAUCUGUCCCCGAGGCCACUUUUGCCCUGCAGGGAGUUAUUCUCCCUCUCCCUGUCCCCCAGGCUCCUUCUUGGCUCGUGGUGGUGGGCAGUCAGCACAGGAGUGCCAGCCCUGCUCCCCAGGCUGGUUCUGUUCCCAGCACGGCCACAGCUCCCCAGAAGGAUUGUGUAAGGCAGGGUGGUUCUGCCCAGCAGGCUCUGUGUCAGACCAGCAUCCAGAUUAUUUGUGUCCUGUGGGUCACUAUUGCCCCACUGGCAGCCCAGAGCCUGUACCUUGUCCCCCUGGAGAAUAUCAGGACCAGGCUGGUAAAAUCCAGUGUGAAACGUGCCCAGCAGGAAUGUGA